GCGAAUCACCGGCAGCUCCUCGAAAUUAAAAUACCCGUGUAUUCGAUCGAAGUUGGAGACUUUUCAUUCAAGAGAGGGCAGAAUAACAACGAGGGUUAUACGAUAUAUUUAUGCAGUGAUUCACAAAAAUAAAACAGCGUUGUUUCGCACAGCGUAGACGUUUAAUUGCGAAUCACAAUGUAAAAAGUUCAGUUCAGCUUCGGGAUUGUAUUUUUUAGAAUUUUAUAGAUUGAAAAUUGAUGUAAUUUUUGGAUAUUUGGUAUAUAUACGUAUACACACACAUAUAUAUAUAAAAAUAUAUAUGUGUAUAUAAUCGGAAAAUUAACAUGAGCAUUCAAUUCGAUAUUACAAUGAGGCCAGAAAUCCGCCUGGACGCAAAAUGGCUGAAAACAGAUUUGAAACGUUUGCUCUAUCGAGACGGUUUGGCCGAACUGUGGAAUGAAAUGGUACGCGAUGGAGAAAUUGUAGGUUCCUUUAGCGAUGGCCUAGUCAAUGCUGCGGGUGUAAUAGCUAGAAAAGGCGAAAGCGGUCAUUAUUAUUGUAACAUGGGUGUGUUAACAUGUCCUUGUUGCAACGGGAUUUGUGGCCCGCAGAAUGGUUGCAACUGUGGACCUUGUCAGAAAUUAGACGAAGAGGAAGCUGCAAGGACAAACGUGUCUGUAGAGAAAAGAAAAUCAGCCGAACAGAUAAUGGACUCUUGGCUUUGGGGUUCUCAGCCAUCUAUUUGCGAUCUGACAACGUGCAUCAAUUUGUUAAUCAAAGAGCAGAGGAAAUUGUGUUACGAAGUUGCAAACAGUACCUUGUCUGCUACACGGUUAAGGCAACGUUUGGUGGUAGCGAGACGAUAUUUUACGGCUCUUUCUCGCCAUAAACCGCAGGAAACCAAAGAUGUUUCAACAACGUCGAAACCUACCGCCAAGUUACAAAAAAUCGUAAGGCCGAAUGAGAAACCGACAUUGGGUUUAGCGCGCGUAGGAUCUCGUGCAGCGCUAAACUUUUCGUUCGCGUAUUUAAGACGGGCUUGGAGAUCCGGAGAAGACGUAGAAUUUUGCAGCGAGCUUUUGUCCGAGUCACUGGAGGCUUUACAAUCUUUGCCCGAAGCCACACUUUUCGAUGAAACCAACGUAUCUCAAGUAUGGUUGGAAGUGGUAGAAAGAUCAGCGAAAUUUUUGAGACAAGUUGUUACAGGGGAUAUAGUCAGUGGAAGAUCAUGGUGCCCCAUCCCAAUAUCCGAUCAGCACACGGCUCUCUGUUUGUUAUUGGAACUGGUGACUCAAAGAGCUACACUGUCCAGCUUAUUGGAUUCCGUUUGUUUAUUACUACAUCUGAGUGGCAAGCACAAACAUCAGGAUAACCGAGUGAUGCCACCAGGAAGCACGGCGCCGUUGAUACCAUUAUUGAGACGGCUGAACAUGAUACCAGCUUCCAAGUCGAGACGAACAGACGUGAACAUCGUACCAGGACCUUGCGAGGUUCUCCUCAAGUAUCUGAGACUUCCCGAAGACGAUUCCACGUCGGUGGAUCUACGGAAAGCCGCUGUUAUAAUAAUGUGCAACCUGAGCAGGUUGGCUGCUCCUCUGUUGCCUCCAAUUGUUACCGACAGAUUCCAGAAGAAUCAAAGCCAAACGUUCCAAGAAGUUCUGGCUUGGGGAAGCGUGAAAUUUGGCAACGGCUCCUCUCCAUUUUACUGCGACGCGAUCGCCGAGCUUGGUAUCAAGCAACUUUGUUGCACCGAGAGAGCUCUGAUGAUCCUCUCGAUCAGCGGGAACGUUUACAUGAUGUACUACGGGUCCGAAGCCCAGUAUCCCCAAAGAGUGUACGGAUUCUCGGAGAAGCCGGUCACAAUGAUCGCCUCUCACUCGGACGGCACGCACUACUUGGCGUUAACGCAGGACAGCUCGGUUUAUUCGUGGGGUAACGGGGACGGUGGACGUCUGGGUCACGGAGACAGAGCGUGGUACGACGAGCCAAAGCUGAUCGAGGCGCUGGUGGAUAAGAACAUAACGUUCAUAUCUUGCGGAAGCACGUAUUCCGCGGCUCUCAGUUCCAACGGCGAAUUGUACACGUGGGGACGAGGGAAUUACGGAAGAUUGGGUCACGGAAGCUCGGACAACGUUUCGGUUCCCACGUUGGUGACCGGCCUGAACGGUCACAUGGUAGUAUACGUGGCGUGCGGUAGCGGCGACUCGCAGACGUUGUGCGUGACAGCGUCCGGCAUAGUAUUCUCGUGGGGCGACGGGAACUACGGGAAGCUCGGUAGAGGAGGCUGCGACGGAUCCAAGACGCCAAAAAUAGUGGACAAGCUGUUGGACAUAAACGUAGCGAAAGUGUACUGCGGCGGACAAUUCUCGGCGGCUCUGACCGCGUACGGCGAGGUUUACACCUGGGGAAAGGGAGAGGCUUAUCGGCUGGGACACGGUAACGAGGAGCACGUUAGAUACCCGCAGGUGAUCGACGCGUUGAAGACGAAAAAAGUGAAGGAACUGUGCGUGGGUAAUUUGCACGUAUUGGCGUUGACGGAGGAUCAACUGGUGUACGGAUGGGGUAGAAACGAUUACGGUCAGAUAGAUCCGGCGUUGGGCACGGUGGUGCCCGAGCCGACCGUUUGUCCAACGUUGUCCGGGAAGAACGUGAUCGGCCUGGCCUGCGGACCGACGCAAAGUUUCGCCUGGUGCACGUCAGCGUGGUCGGUGGCGAACAGGGUGGCCUUCGUCGUGGACAUCUGCGAGGAGACAUUCCGACUGUUGGACACGUUGUUGAGCAAGGCGUGCGAGGGAUUGCCGGGCACACGGCCACCUACCCAGGACCGCGAGUGUUUGGCGGUGGCGACGUUGAACCUGAUCCGACUGCAAUUACACACCAUGAUCACGCACAACAUGGACGGCAAAUUGAUCGGAUUGUCGAACACGCCGUUGUUGAACUCGUUGAAGCAACGGUGCGUCACGCUGGCAAGCAGCAGCGGCAUUCUGGCGACCAUUCAGGAGGCGGCUCAGGCAGUUUUGCAAACCGGUUGGAGCAUCCUGCUGCCGACAGCGAACGAACGGGCGAGAACGUUGUCGAAUUUCCUCUCAAAGGCGAACUGCAGCAGUUUCGAGCAGAUAAACGCGAGCAACGGCCAGCAAUUCAUGGCGGACUUGCUGGUCUCCAGCUUGAUGGCGGACGGUGGCCUGGAGUUGGCGUUGAAGAUCGCGGUGAAGACGGAGACCAGCGAGCUAGCGGAGGACGAGAAGGACUUUCUCGCGAGCAACGUGAACAACGCGGGCAACGCGGGCAGCAAGUCGACCGACACGAAACAGGUGAAGGAAUUGAACACGGAGAAGAACAACACGAGCAUCUCGUUGCUGCAGCUGGUGAAACAGUUGAUCAAGAACGGCAGCUGCAUCACGCAGUCGAGGUUACUGGUCGGGCAGCAGCAGCUGCUCCGCAACAACUUGCAGGAGGAGCUGCAGAGGAACGACAACUCGCCCAGCUUGAACCUUCUCUUGAAGUUUCAGCGGCUGUUGAUCGCUCAGGUGUACGAGUGCGUGGACGACUGCGUCGGGACGAAGAAGACGCGCGAUCAGGAGAUGCUCGGCGCCGAGUCACUGUUGAAGAAGUACCUCUCGCAGAUUUGCGUCCACGUGACGGACAUAAUGUCGUCGGCGGUCGAUCUGGCGAACGCCGGCGUCAAGCAAUUCGUAUUCGUCGCCACCGUACUCCGAGGUGACAUCGUGAACGUUUUGCUACCCGAGCUGGUUACUUGCCUCAUCCUCUUGCAACUCGACUACCCGUUGCUGCUGCUCAACACCAACUGGAUGGAGGUGAUGACACCGAUGCUGGACGCGCUCGAUCGUUUCAACAAGCUGGUGCCAACGAUCGAGAAGAGCGAGACGGACGAUCUCUCUUGGCCGGGGAUCAUAGCUCCGCAGCACGGCAACAAGAUAUCCGUGUCGGACGAUCAACCUUCGACGAUCCGCUGGGCCGACCUGGAGAACCACAAUCGCGACGGUGGCCUCUGGGUGGUGGUGAACAACAAGGUGUACGACGUGCAGGACGUUCGGUUCGACGAAAGGAGGUCGAACUCGUCGUUGGAGGAGGAUCUUCAGAGGUGCGUGAGCGAGACGACGAACGUGCCGGCGUCUCGCGGACAGCUGCCGCGGACCAUGAUGGACUCUUACUUCGUCGGCCACUAUUGCCACUCGGAGCCGGAAACCACGGAGAUCACGAUCGACGUGACGGACGUGUGCUCCUGCCUGCUCGACACCGAGAGGGCCCUGGGCUUUCUGUUGGGGCUGCACGCGCACAGGAUGCGGCAGAGUUUGCCGCUGCAAACGGCCGAGGAGGAAGCCGGUCGUUGGUUGAACGCCAACUUUCUCAGGGGUGGGCUGCAGGUGCUGCAGCCGCCGAAUCCGUACGAGGAGGAGAAGGGAGAGGCGAGGAGCAACACCUCGACGGCCGCCAACUCGCCGACGGAACCACCGCUUCUCCCCCAUGUCCGCACCAAGAACGAGCUGCAAAAGGAAAGGCGGGAGGACGACCGAGUCACCGCGUUCAUCUACACCCUGGCCGAGACUCACAGGACCACGGACGCUCAGGUUCAUUCGUUCUUGACGCUGGUCGACAAGUACUCGAAGGCGAACAACCUUUUGGCGCACACCGAGUUCUCCGGCGAUCACCCGGUCGAGGAGGUUGGCCGACUGUUGACGGCCGUCAUGGUGAAGCAUCUGGCCCUCGGCCAUCAGGUGAUGAACUUGAUCGAUCACCACGAGGCAGGGAACGAGAGCAGCUGUCCCAAACUGACGAAACAGUUGUCCGAGGUGAUCAGAGCGGUUCAUCAGACCAAGUGGAACUUGAUCAGGAUCCGACAGCAGCAGAACAGGAGCUACAAGGAGGUGUGCGCCCCGGUGCAGGAGAAGUGCAGGUUCCUCUUGCACGAGGUGAGAUCCGCGACCAGCUACGAGAUCAAGGGGCUGCAGGAUUUGAAGUUGUUGUACACCGUGUCGAAAUUCCGGAAAACAGCGAGGACGGUGAUCAGGGACAUUCGAAGGAGCAGAGACUCGGCCGAGCGGCCGAGCAAGCCCGAGGACAUAUUGAACGCUUCGAUUCAGAGCGCGAAGAUGAAAAACAAGUCUGACGAAGAUGUGUCGAUCGCGACGACGACGACGACGACGACGACGAUGAUGAUGACGACAUCGAUGACGACGACGACGACGACGACGAUGACGACGACGGAAGCAGCAACAACAGCAGCAGCAACAGCAGCAAUCGUCGUGUCGACGAUGAUACCGACAAUAGCAACGAUAACGACAGCAAUCCCGUCGUCAACAACAACGGCGACACCAACACUCGCGACGAUGACUACGAUGACUACGAUGACUAUGAUGACUACAACCACGACGACGACAACAACGACGACAACAACAAUAACUCCAAUAGCAACACCAACGUCGACACCGACACCGACACCGACACCGACGCCGACGCCGACGCCGACGCCGACGCCGACGCCGACGCCGACGCCGACGCCGACGCCGACAGCGACGUCAACGACCACGACGACAACGUUGACGCCGACGCAGACGUCGACGGCAACCUCGGUGCCACAAAUCUCGCCGAGUUUCGCGCAAAAGGAAACGGGCGGCAAGCAGCAACAAUCGCUGGCGUCGCCGAGGUUGGAAAACUCGUCGACGACAACGGGCAACAAGAGGAGCAAGGCGAGGCAGAGGACUCUGAACAUCGACUCGAGCGAACUGAUGGUGAACAUAAUAAACUUCGUGAUAACCGAGGACAGCGGAGACGCGGAGACGCUUCGUCGAGCGAUGUACUGCCAGAUGCAGCGGGCCAAGCUGCGCGAGCAGGGGAUCCUGGUGAUGCAGCAGCUGCUGAAGAAGGACUACCUGAUCACGUCGGUAAAGUACUCGUUGCUGAACGGCUGGCUCGGCCUGUCGCAGGAGAACAGGUCGCUGGCCGAGGGGAUAACGCACUGCCUCGAGGACAUUCGGUCGGUGACGCCGUACCAAAAGUCGAAGAUCAUCCUGGCCGAGGCGGAGAUCACCGGUUGGGCGGUGCAGGCGUUGCGAGCGUACGUGGUGCAGGCGGAGCUGCCGAGCAAGCCGGCAAGGGCGGCCAAGAUGAGCGACAAGAGCAGCGUGAACCAGGGGACGUACACCUGGCUGAGGAAGUUGCCGAGGGCGCGAUUCUUGCUGACGAUACUGGGCAUGCUGACCAACUACCAGCACGCGAACGAGGUCGGUUUGCUGGUCAACUCUGGCUGCGUGUCGAGCGUGUUGACGCUGCUGAGGCAGAUCGGGCCGUCGUCGUCGUGGUCGGCGUCGGCGUCGGAGACGGCGGAGGCCGACGGUGACGGGAGCGCGCGGCCGAAGGACGGGCCGGUGACGGUGAUAUACGAGGACAGUCUGGAGAAGAGCAAGCCGCAGAGCGUGCAACUGACCGGCACGGAGCUGGCCGCGUUGAUGAAGAUCGGGACGAGAGUGGUGCGCGGCGUGGACUGGAAGUGGGGCGACCAGGACGGGCCGCCGCCGGGCGAAGGUCGAGUGAUCGGGGAACUCGGCGAGGACGGGUGGAUUCGCGUGCAGUGGGACAACGGGGCGACCAACUCGUACCGGAUGGGCAAGGAGGGCAAGUACGACCUGAAGUUGGCGGAGCCGCCGACGCCGCCGGAGACCGACUCGGAGAUCGACUCGCCGGCGGUGGAGUUGGCGAAGGCGAACGUCUGUCCCGCCGGGGAGAAGAGGAACGGUGACUCGGUGGUGGAUGUGCAUCCGACCACCUGUCUGAAAUCCGCCUCGGUCACGGUGCUUCGCGUUCUCCUCUUUUGCUGCGGCAUCGAGGCCGACCGCGUCACUCCCUCGGCCAUAAAGAUACUCGCCUCGGUGCUGCGCGGCAUCCUCUCCGCCGCCUACGGAAACCGCCAGCUGAACGCGGCGCAUUCGCAGCUCGCGCGCGAACACCACGAGACCUGGGCGACCCUCGGCUCGUUGAGAGCCAUCGCCAAGUCCACCGAACUCUGCAGGUCCCUCAGCACCAAGGCCUGGCUCAAUUUCCUCCUGAACAUCAUCGCCGAGCAAACGAAUCCCAACCUGGAGAAGCAGAUAAUGGCGGUGCGUCUGCUGACCGCGGUCCUCCCCUCGUGGAACGCCGACAGUCAGCAGAGCCAGCAAACGCUGGUUGCCUUGCUCGAGAGGAUCUUUCGCAUAAUGGGGCACGUGGCGCUCUGCUGCAAUCUGAGCGCAGUUGGCAGCGAGCUCUACUCGAACAAGUGCCGCGUCUCGUUGACCGCCUCGCACAGCUCGACCGUGGUCGAGGAGCUCGUGUCGCUCGUCAGAUACCUGCACACCCUGCCAAAGUGGAACGCCACGUUGAACGCGUUCCUCGCCUCGAAGCUGUCGCUGGCCGCGGACUUGUUGAGCGACGGCCCGCUGUUUCACAUACAGCUGAACGAGAACGGCGGCGAGAACAGCGCCAACAUCCAAGACACCGUGAUGGCGGCUCUGAUCGUAGCCGGUGGUCUGGACGACCGGCCGAGAAUCGGCGGUCUGAUCGAGGUGGCCGACGGACAGGCGGUCGGCACCGUCUGCAGAUUCACCAAACGCUCCAAGAUUCUCGUGCAGAUGCACGACGCCGACAACACGCGCAAGAAGCUGCCGUUCUACGGCGUCAAGCCACUCGGCGAGAAGUUUCGUCUGGACCGAAUGCCCAUGCCGGACUCGUUCGUCCCCACUUGGGUCAACCUGCUGCUGGGUCAUCGGGGAAUGGACAAGAGGCCGAACGGCAUGCCGGUGAUUGCCGGCUCGGUGAACGCGUCCAUUCUACGCAGCCAGCAGCAGCAACUCGCCGCGCUGAACGCCGGCAAGAUUCUGUUGGAUUAUCAGACAAAGUUGAGGAAGAUAUUGAGGUACGCGAUCGACAGCAACAGUAACAACAACAACAAUAACAACAACAACCAUUACACCCAUCAACAACACCAGCAGCCUCAACAUCAUCAUCACCAUCAUCAUCAUCAUCAUCAUCAUCAUCAUCAUCAUCAUCGUCGUCAUCACUACCAUCAUCAUCAUCAGCAGCAGCAGCAGCAGCAGCAGCAGCAGAAUCAGCAGCAGCAGCAGCAGCAUCAUCAUCAUCAUCAUCUUCGUCAUCACAUCGACGAGGAGAGCAUCUGCGACUCGAGCGGCCGACAGUGGGACAAGGACGGCGUGAAAUGCCACGCGACCGUUGCUGUUCGCCGUAGCGAGAGGAUCAACGAGGACAAGAACGACGAGGAAGUGAACGGCGACAACAACGAGGAGGAGGAAAACGACGACAACAACGAGGGAGAGAACGAGGAGGACGACGGUGACGAGGACGACGAGGACGACGACAACGACGACAAAAACGACGAAGAGAACGAGGGCGACGUGGCGCAGGAGGAGGAGGAGGAGGAGGAGGAGGACGACGCGAACCAGGUGAGAGCGUCGACGAUCGUGGUGGUGGUGGACAGCGAGAGAAACAACGGCAAAAGCAACGACCAAGCAAAGAACAAGAGCGGCAGCAGCAGCGGCAACAACAACAACUACAACAACUACAAGUACAACUACAACAACAACAACAACGGCGACAGCGACAAGUUCGGCGAGAACGUCGUUGGAAGCGAGAUGGCGAGGAAUUAUCAAAACGUCGCCAGCGACGGUCAACCAAGUCACGAGGUUAACCUCGUCGGGGGGACCAACGCCGAGGACAGUUACGCGGUAGACCAGAGUAGUAGCGCGCAGAGUAACGGGAACGGUGAGAGAGGAGACGGUUGUCGCGGCAGGCGUACGAUCUUGUUCCAAGAGAUGUUGAUACGAGCCACGAGGCCGCAACCGUUGAAACCGAUAUUCAAGCGCAAGGAACUGGAAGAGGCGGCUCUGACGGUUUCGCAGUACCUCGCCUCCGAGCUGAGACACUCGCCGAUUCAAGGUGCCGCGUCGACGACGACGUCGACGACAACAACGACCGUGACGACCGUGACGACCACCGCUGCGACGACGAUGGGAAUAGGAACGGGAAUAGCGUCGGCGUCGGGCGGCGGUGCCGGCUUCUCGGAACCCGAUUCACCGGCGUCCGACUGUUCCCUGGUGUCGUUAACGUCCAGCCAGAAGAAACACUGCAGAAGCAGCGGACGAAAGAGUCCACCGCCGAUGAGCCCGCUGGUGGCGCAGCUGACCGAGAUGGGCUUCCCGAAGAGGAGCGUGGAAUUCGCCAUCAAGAGCCUGAGCACGGCGGUCGGUUACAUGACGGCGGAGACAGUGGUCGCCUGGUUGCUGGAGAACCCAGACGCCGCGCUGAGCGACAGCGAGACGUUGUCCAGUCCGGUGUACGGGCUGUCCGAUCCGGAGGACUCGAGCAGCGAGAACAUGGACGAGUCACCGUCGAGCCACAACGCCGCCGCCGCCGCCGCUGCCGCCGCCAUCUCCUCCUCCAUGUUACCGCCCAACUACAUGAAACGCUCCGACUUUCUCUCGGUGGACGAGUACGCCAUCUACGUGAGGGACAAUCUGACGGCGGGCAUGCUGGUGCGGUGUUGCAAGAGCUACGAGGAGGUGGAGUACGGCGACGUCGGCCAGGUGAUCAAGAUCGAUCCGGAGGGUUUGCACGAUCUGAACGUUCAGGUGGCUUGGCAGCGGAAAGGCGGCACUUACUGGGUCCGGUUCAUCCACAUCGAGUUGCUGGGUCAUCCGCCGACGAUACCGGGGCCGGCGGCGCUCAAGAUCGGCGACAAGGUGAGGGUGAAGGCGUCGGUGACGGUGCCCAAGUACAAGUGGGGCUCGGCGAAUCAUCAGAGCGUCGGCGUGGUCACCGGCAUCAUCAACAACGGGAAGGACGUGUCGGUGGACUUUCCGCAGCAGAGCGGCUGGACCGGCUGCGCGAUCGAGAUGGAACGGGUGCCCUCCUGCCAUCACUCGGUCUCGUGCAACUCGUGCCACCUGCUGCCGAUAUCCGGGCCGCGUUUCAAGUGCAAGUACUGCGACAGUUACAACCUCUGCGAGAACUGCUUCUACACGAAACGGUGCCACCGGCACGGCUUCAAUCGGAUCGUGGAGCCCGGCUCGGCGGCGGUGUACGCCGGCAAGCCGGGAAGAUAUCACAGGCAAGACUACGCGGCCGAGUCGUCGUUGAUCGACGACUGGUCAAAGUGCAUACGAACGUUGAGCGUCUCGUCGCGUGAGAGCUGGGCGACACGGCUGGUGGACGGGUCCGGCCUCUACUGGCAGAGUUGCGGCUCUCAGGGUAAACACUGGAUUCGCAUGGAGAUGCUGCCGGGCGUGCUGGUGCACUCGCUGAAGAUCACGGUGAACCCGCAGGACAGCAGCUACAUGCCGUCGCUGGUCGCGGUGAACGUCGGCGAGUCGUUCAACAGUCUGGUCGAGUUGGCGGCCAUCAGCGUCCGCCACACCGACACCAGCGUCCUUCUGCUCCAGGACAGCAAGGAGUACUACCCGUGCGUCGAGAUUGCGAUCAAGCAGUGCCGGAACGGCGGCAUCGACUGCAAGAUACGCGGCCUGCAGAUAAUCGGCAAGCGAAAGACGUUCGAGAGUCAGUUGACCACGUCCGUGUCGUUCCUCGCCUCGGACUGGGAGAUCGUUCAGGAACAGAUGAACAACACGCCGCAGCGGGGAACGACCGCGGCGGCGGCGACGACGACGACGACGACGACGACGACGACGACGGCGGCGGCGGCGGCGGCGGCGGCGACUGCGUCGACGGCGGGAGAGUCACCGCCGCAGCACUCGGCCGUCUACGUCUGGGGCCUGAACGACAAGGAUCAGCUGGGUGGGCUGAAGGGAUCCAAGAUCAAGCUGCCGGUUUACAGCGAGAUUCUCGCCAAGUUGAAGCCGGUUCACAUCGCCGGCGGCAGCAAAACGUUGUUCGUCGUCAGCCAAGAGGGGAAACUGUACGCGUGCGGCGAGGGGACGAACGGCCGGCUGGGCCUCGGCGACGACAGCAACGUCUGCGAGCCGAAACCGAUCCCGUUCCUCAGCCAGUACGUGAUCAAGAAGGUGGCGGUGCACUCGGGCGGCAAGCACGCGCUGGCCCUUACCCAGGACGGCAAGGUGUUCUCGUGGGGCGAGGGCGAGGACGGGAAGCUCGGCCACGGGAACUCGGUCUCGUUGGACAAGCCGAGGCUGAUCGAGUCGCUCCGGUUGAAGAGGAUACGGGACGUGGCGUGCGGCUCCGGCCACUCGGCCGCGAUAACCACCAGCGGGGAACUGUACACGUGGGGCCUCGGCGAGUACGGCCGGCUCGGCCACGGCGACACCGCCACGCAGCUGAAGCCGAAGCUGGUGCAGUCGCUGGUCGGUCAGCGGGUGAUGCAGGUGGCGUGCGGCAGCCGGGACGCGCAGACGAUGGCGUUGACCGCCGACGGCUCGGUCUACUCGUGGGGCGACGGCGACUUUGGCAAGCUGGGUCGCGGCGGCAGCGACGGUUGCUACACGCCGCUGUUGAUCGACCGGCUGAACGGUCUCGGCGUCGUGCAGAUCGAGUGCGGCGCUCAGUUCUCACUGGCGUUGACCAAGUACGGCGAGGUGUGGACCUGGGGCAAGGGCGAUUACUUUCGGCUCGGUCACGGCAACGACCACCACGUGCGAAAGCCGACGAUGGUCGAGGGUCUACGCGGCAAGAAGGUGAUACACGUGGCGGUCGGCGCUCUUCACUGCCUGGCGGUGACCAGCACCGGCCAGGUGUACGCCUGGGGCGACAACGACCACGGUCAGCAGGGAAACGGCACCACCAUCGUCAACAAGAAGCCGUCGCUGGUCCACGAGCUGGACGACGCGAGAGUGAAUCGGGUCUCUUGCGGCUCCAGUCACAGCGUCGCCUGGGUGUUGACCGACCAGCCGGCCACCAAGAAUCAAGAACCGGUCAUGUUCCCGAUCGCCAAGGAUCCGCUCGGUCAAACGUCCCUCAAGUUCAAGUGCAGCAGCAGCAGCAGCAGCACGACGAUCGACGGCGCAACAACCGCCGGCAUCCCCAAGAUGAUUUCCUCGCCGGCAAGCACCGGCGACACGGUCCUCGUCAACCAGAGUACCGUCGGCGGCGGCGGCGGCGGCGGCGGCGGCAACCAUACCACCCUCUCCAGCAGCGGCAAUCGACCUUCCCUCUCGAGAAUCAUCCUCUCGCUCGAGAGCAACGUGGCGAAGCAGCAAGCGUUGCAGCACGUCAUCAACGCUCUUCGUAUAAUACAAGCUCGAAUCAUCGUGGUGACGGCGUUACGUAGUCACUCGACGUUAAAGUCUGGCAACAACACAACCGUGCCGAGCAACGUGCCGAUCUGUGGUCCGGGAGCGACCGGAGUCAUCGGCGGAGGUGGUGGUGGAGGAUUCUCGACGACGAGCGACGCGAUCACCAACGGACCCAACAACGAGGUGACGGUGACGGCGGCGACUGGCCACCAUCAAAACGUCUAUCAAAACGUCGGAGAGAGCGCGCAGGGCGGCGGAGAAGCGCCGGCGAACGCAGCCGAACUGGUCCACUUGGUCGGCGGCGGUGGCGGCGUCGGCGUCGGCGUCGGCGUCGGCGUCGGCGUCGGCGUCGGCGUAGGCAACAGUCCGCGAACCAGUCCCGAGUCCGAAGACUACCCGUCCUCGUUGGCGGCCGUCUUUUUCCCCUCCAUGUCCAGCUCGGCGAGCUUGUCGUCGCGCGCGUCGAAAAUGUCGAGCAGCGCGAUGAGCGUGAUCGCGGCCACGCUCACGUCCAACGCACAGAUAGUCGGCGAGGGUGUCACGGUCGCCGAUCCGAACCUGGACGACUUCACCUGCACGUUGACCGAGGAGGACGCGAGAAUGUUGGUCGAUCUGUUGAAACUGGCGGUUGGCAACAGGGUGUGCAAAGGGGCGCGAGAGACGAUAUCCUCGGUGCUGAUCGCGCUGGCCAAGGCGAACCACUCGAUUCGCAGCAUGCUGCUGGAGCUGUGCAUCACCGAGCUCGAGGACACGGUGGCCAACUCGAGCAACAAGAGCAAAACGCCGCAGCCGGUCGUGCAGGAGAGCCCGCACCCGUACAUCGACGGCACCACGUUGACCGGGCAGGUGAUGGUGCCCGGCGCCGAGUGUCUCCGGCUCGAGUUCGACCGACGUUGCUCCACCGAGAGACGUCACGACCCGCUGACCAUCAUGGACGGUAGCAAUCGCGUGCUGGCGGUCAAGUCCGGCAGAGAGUGGAGCGAGUGGGCCGCCGAGAUUCGAAUCCCCGGCGACGAGCUGAGAUGGCGAUUCUCGUCGGACGGGUCGGUGAACGGCUGGGGAUGGCGAUUCACCGUCUACCCCGUCUUCUUCACCCUCUCGCCGCACGAGCGCAUCUCCGACAGGGCGGUGCUCUCGCAGCCGGCAAUCGCGCUCGCCGAGUCGCUCCUCGACAACGCGCUCAUCACCUUGGACAGGAACAUUGCCACACGGCUGGCCGCCACGCUGGCCCAGUGCAGCCAGCUGAGCGUGCUGUCCGCCCAGCAGCGGAUGUGGGCGUUGAGAAAGUUGCAGGUCGUGUACACCAGCGGCCCGGGAAUACGCCCGGAGGUGGCGCUCUCCUCGCUGCUCGGCUCGCUGCCGAAAGCCCUGCUCAGGCAGUACACGUACGAGGAUCCACUGGUACGCGGUGGCAAACAGUUGAUGCACAGCGACUUCUUCAAGGUUCUGGUCGCGCUCGCCUGCGACCUCGAGCUCGACGGGAUGCAGUGCUGCUCGGAGAUUCACAAGUGGUCGUGGUUCCGACGGUACUGCCUGUCCGCUCGGGUCGCCAAGUCUCUCGUCAAUCGGACCCCCCUUCCGAAGGCCUUCUGCCUCGAGGUUACCAAACGUAUCAACGACAUGAUCACCACCGACGAUUACGAGGGCCACACCAGGGACCACGAGAAUCACGAGCUCUUUAAGCAGGAGCACGACGAGCAGCUGUUGCAGUGGUUGAACCGCAGGCCGGAAGACUGGACGUUGUCGUGGGACGGUUCUGGCGCCAUCUACGGCUGGGGUCACAAUCAUCGCGGCCAAUUGGGCGGCCUCGAGGGAGCCAAGGUAAAACUGCCCGUCCUCUGCGAGAGCUUGUCCGCCCUUCGACCGGUUCAACUCACCGGCGGCGAGCAAACUUUGUUCGCGGUCACUGCCGACGGCAAGGUCUACGCAACCGGUUACGGCGCCGCCGGCCGUCUAGGUAUCGGAGGAACGGACUCGGUCAUGGUACCGACUCUCUUGGAAUCCAUCCAGCACGUGUUCAUCAAGAAAGUGGCUGUGAACUCGGGUGGCAAACACUGUCUUGCACUGAGCUCCGAGGGACACGUUUAUUCUUGGGGCGAAGGGGACGAUGGAAAGCUGGGGCAUGGAAACAGGACCUCGUACGAGCGGCCAAAGUUGAUCGACCAGCUGUUGGGCACCGAGAUCGUUGACGUUGCUUGCGGUGGCCAUCACAGCGCGGCAAUCACCAGCGCCGGUUGGCUCUACACGUGGGGUAAAGGCCGAUACGGACGACUGGGCCACGGGGAGAGCGAGGAUCAAUUGUCGCCGAAACUGGUCGAGGCUCUCCAAGAUUACAAGGUAAUCGACGUAGCUUGUGGAAGCGGCGACGCGCAAACUCUCUGCGUCACCGACGACGACAACGUCUGGAGUUGGGGCGACGGCGAUUACGGAAAGUUGGGCAGAGGUGGUAGCGACGGCUGUAAAAUCCCGAUGAAGAUCGAGUCGCUCGCUGGCCUCGGCGUCAUCAAAGUCGAAUGCGGCAGUCAGUUUUCCGUCGCUCUGACAAGAUCGGGAGCGAUAUACACCUGGGGUAAGGGCGAUUAUCAUCGUUUGGGUCACGGAACGGACGAUCACGUUCGAAGGCCGCGAAAGGUGGCAGCUCUGCAAGGGAAAAAGGUCAUCUCCAUAGCGACCGGUUCGCUGCAUUGCGUGGCGUGCACCGACAAGAGCGAAGUCUUCACUUGGGGAGACAACGACGAAGGCCAGUUGGGCGACGGAACGACGAGCGCGCUUCACAGACCGCGGCUGGUUCACGCGCUCCAGAGUAAAAAGAUCACUCGGGUUGCCUGCGGCAGCGCUCACACUCUGGCGUGGAGUACGGUGAAAGCCACGCAGAGCAGAAUGCCCGUCACCACGCCGAUGGAGUACGACUUGGUAAAGGACUUGCCCUUCCCCGUGUUGCACAACCGACUGGUCCUCCUCCAUCACUUUGCCGAGUUACUCUGCCCGUGUUUGCCAAUGUUUCCGACGACCGGCCCCGUCAGCUUGAGCAAAUUGGCGCCGAUGCUGGUGUACAGCAUCAAAGAAGCAACCUUCCGCAAGGUGGUUCAGGCAACGAUGGUCAGAGACCGGCAACACGGCCCGGUGAUUGAACUGAAUCGGAUACAAGUGAAACGAGCCAGAAGCAAGGGCGGACUAGCAGGGCAGGACGGCAUGAAGUCCGUCUUUGGUCAAAUGGUCUCCAAGAUGUCAUUGCUCACGCAGGAUGUACUCUUCUUUCCCCACAGAGUCUGGAAAGUGAAAUUCAUCGGGGAGAGCGUGGACGAUUGCGGCGGUGGAUACAGCGAGAGUAUAGCGGAGAUGUGCGACGAGUUGCAAAACGGUUCUCUGCCUCUGCUCAUACCGACACCGAACGGCCGUGACGACAGCGGCACCAACAGAGAUUGUUUCCUCCUCAAUCCGAUAGCCGACUCGCCACUGCACAUGAACAUGUUCCGAUUUCUCGGCAUUUUAAUGGGCAUAGCGAUAAGGACCGGUAGCCCGUUGAGCUUGAAUCUGGCAGAGCCUGUGUGGAAACAGCUUGCAGGCUUAUCUUUAACACCGGCGGAUUUAACCGAAGUUGACAGGGACUAUGUCCCCGGGUUGCUGUGCAUCCGAGAUAUGGACUCCGACGAAAAGGUGUUCCAAACACUUGAAAUGCCAUUCUCCACGCCGUCUGCCGUAGGACACGACGUACCUCUGUCCAGCAGGUAUCGAAAAAUCACUCCGGAAAAUAAGCACGAGUACGUCCAGCUGGCACUGAAUUACAGAUUGCACGAGUUUGACGCUCAGGUAGCGGCUGUCCGCGAAGGAAUGUCGAAAGUUAUACCCGUGCCAUUUCUCGCGUUAUUCAGCGGACCCGAGUUGGAAACGAUGGUGUGCGGCAGUCCGGAUAUACCACUCACCUUGUUAAAAUCUGUCGCCACUUAUAAAGGCAUCGAAAUGACCGCUCCCCUGAUACAAUGGUUCUGGGAAGUGAUGGAAGAAUUUUCCAACCAAGAGAGAUCUUUGUUUCUACGAUUCGUUUGGGGUAGGACGCGUUUGCCGCGUACAAUUGCCGACUUUCGUGGAAGAGAUUUCGUCCUGCAGGUUAUGGACAAAUACAAUCCACCGGAUCAUUUUCUUCCUGAAAGUUACACGUGCUUUUUUCUAUUGAAAAUGCCGAGGUAUUCGUGCAAGCCAGUGCUGCGACAAAAAUUAAAAUACGCGAUACAUUUUUGUAAAAGUAUCGACACCGACGAAUACGCUAGAGUACAAGCUGCGACCAAUUCAGACACCGAAGAAACGGACAGUCUCGCUAGCGAAGAGUAUAUAUCGCUUUAGUAAAAUUGAUUCUGCAAUUCUUCCUUUUUUUUUUUUUUUUUUCUUUUGUUUUCCGUACAGUCAACUGAAUCACUUCGAGUCACUUUGAUCAAUCAAUUGAUUCUCGACUGUUAGAAUGAUACUUUCGAUUAAGUAGAAAAAAUUUUUUUCUUGUAAAUCUGAACAAUUUAGAUUUAUUAGUCUCAACAUCUGUAUAAGCUGCUCUCCCUCUGACUUUCUCUCUUUCUCUUUUCCUUCCUUCCUCUCUCUCUCUCUUUCUCUGUCAUUCUCUCAUUCUCUCACGCAAACGUGAAUAAUUCAAACUGUAUUAUAAAAGUUGUAUUAUUUGUCAUCGAAAAAAUACUUCAAAGUAUUAUUGAAAAUAUAGAUAUUAUAUACACAUAUAUAUAUAUUAUAUAUAUAUAUAUAUAUACACACACACACACACGCUACGAUAAUUAAUAUACAAUUUCUAAUGUAUACGUGUAUGUAUUAUUCGUACACUUGCGUACACAGAAUUCUUUUCGCUUAUUUAUUUAUUUCAUAUUUAUAUUUAAUAUCUGUAUAAUUGAAAGACUGUAUUAUAUAUAUGUACUUUAUACGUAUACGUAGGUACGCACGAGCGUGCUGGUGUCAAAAUGACAUUGUCGUACAUCUUCGUUUGGCUUUUAUAAUUGUUACCGCGGAAUGAUGUGAAUACAAGAAAUACAAAUUGUUAUAUUAAGUAACGCGUAUGAAAGACUUUGGUUUCUGUGUAAUAUUGAGUAAUAUUUUUGGACAACAUUUACUUUCACAUGUCAGACAAUUGAGAAGUAUUAUGGAAAGAAUGUUAAUUAAUUAUAUAAUUUGUUAUAUUUGACACCUUUAAAGAUUAAUUCUUAGUUCUUCGUAGGGAAAAAUUGCCUUUCUUAAAAUUAUCGUUAAUGAAAAAUACAACAAAAGCUUCACUCUUUCCACACGAUUCUUAUAUGAUAGAAUAAACAAACUAGUUAAUGAAAGUAUUUUAUAUUUUCGUAUCAAUUUA